GCGGCCCCGCCCCUCCCGCCUGGACGCGGGCGCUGCUGGCGCCAUCUUCGCCGGCUGCGGGAGGGGUCACAGGUCAGUGACGGAGCCUCGCCGCGAGUGCGGGCGGACGCCCUGGGCGACCGGACCGGGCCGUGGCCUUCGCGUCCCCACGGGUGUUUUUUUCCUCGGGGCAGCCCAGGAUUCUCCAGGAGGACAAUGGAUUCUGGGACUCGCCCAGUCGGUAGCUGCUGUGGCAGCCCUGCUGGGCUCUCUCGGGAGUACAAACUCGUCAUGCUGGGUGCUGGUGGUGUAGGGAAAAGUGCCAUGACCAUGCAGUUCAUCAGCCACAGAUUCCCAGAAGAUCAUGACCCCACCAUUGAAGAUGCUUAUAAAAUCCGGAUCCGUAUUGACGAUGAGCCUGCAAAUCUGGACAUUUUGGAUACGGCUGGACAGGCAGAGUUUACAGCCAUGCGGGAUCAGUAUAUGAGGGCAGGAGAAGGGUUUAUCAUCUGUUACUCUAUCACUGAUCGUCGAAGUUUCCAUGAAGUUCGGGAAUUUAAACAGCUUAUUUAUCGAGUUCGACGCACUGAUGAUACACCUGUUGUUCUUGUGGGAAACAAGUCUGACCUAAAACAGCUAAGACAGGUCACUAAGGAAGAAGGAUUGGCCUUGGCCCGAGAAUUCAGCUGUCCCUUUUUUGAGACAUCUGCUGCAUACCGCUACUACAUCGAUGAUGUAUUCCAUGCCCUUGUACGGGAGAUACGUAGGAAAGAAAAGGAGGCAGUACUGGCCAUGGAGAAAAAAUCUAAACCCAAAAACAGCGUAUGGAGGAGGCUAAAAUCACCCUUCCGGAAGAAGAAAGACUCAGUAACUUGAAGGGAACAUGUGAAAUGUUUAUCUGUGAACUGCAGUGCUUAGUCAAAGCAGUCCAGUAACCUGCAUUAGUGAGCGUGGUGCUUGCUCUUUCUCCUGUCAUGACCGUUAUUUUAAAAGUAACUGAUGAAGGGGACAUGCCUACUAGGAGUUUUCAUUGAUGUGGUAUUUAAAAUAUUGUCUCUUAGCUAAUUCUGAUUUAUUAACCCCAUGGAGCACUGUCUAUUUUUAAAUUGUCACAUUAGAAUUUGAUCUACCGGUGUUUCAGUUUCUGUUGCUGAUAUUAAUUAAUGUAAAUUGUUUAUACCCAGGGGAAUAUGUAUACCAUGUAUGUUUGAGUAAGCUCACAAGAGGAAUUUUGCCAUAUACUACUACACAUUCUUUUCCAACUUCAGUUUCCUGGGACUGUCCCGGGGAAGGACCUCAGCCUUUUCUGUUCACACUGUGCUUCCUGGAGGCAGAACAAAAAUCAUGUCAGGAAAUCAGUACUAAAGAGAUCAGUGCUAAAGUUUAGCAAACAGCUAUGGAACUGAGGACUUUUGUGGCAGAUUAUGGAGUAAUGAGAUUGGGCGAAAACAAGCCAUGUUUGCAGGAACUUGGCUAGAAAAAGGUUGAAUCGGAGCUGUUGCCAGUUGUGAACCUGGCUUUUGUAAGAAGUGCAUGUUUGGCUCAGAUGCACAGGGAUGAGUGAGGAUAAACAAACAUAAAAUGUAGUGAAGUUUCUCCUAUGAGCUUUUUUACUCUUCCUUUCAGGGUUUUGCCUUUCUUUACCUUUAAAGGUAAAAACGUUGGGAACCAUUACUGAAUUACUAAACUCUUGUUAAUCUGAAUCCUUGAUUGGGACAGCCAUGGCCUUGUACAGGUUUUUUUUCCUGGAGAUGCACACACACCAGUAUAUUUACAUUAAUUGCUUCCUGGCGCUUUCCCUUAACUUCCCUAUGCUUUCUAGAAGAGCUGGGCCUGGCCCUUUGUCAGACUGACUGCGUUUUCCAUACAAGAGACAUCAGGAGUUUGAGUAAAAUUACAUAUGUGCCUCUUUGACAUAGACAAUCACUAGACUCAGUGCUCUCAGAAGGCCUGUGGUGUUUCUGUUGAGUGAGCCAGUCUUGAAGCUUUAAAAAAAUUCCCGUAUGUUGAGUUUCUAAUUGAAGAUUAUACAGGGCCCUUGCUAAGUGCGCCUCACGGUUAUCUCAGCCUUGACAAAACUUAGCCUAAGAGAAUACCACUUUGAUACCUGUGCUUAGUUGUGAAACUGUCACUGUGGGAAGAAACAGCUUUAAAUAAUUGAUGGUGAGUUCUCCCUUAGAUUCAGGAUUAUUUUGAUAUCUGAACUUGUUCUGUGCAGAGAUUAGGUGCAAAAGUGCUAAGAGUGAUGUAGCAUAUAUUGAACAUGAAAUGUCAGUGAAGCAGUGUUGGUGGCCACGUUAAAGGCUUAAGAACAUGACUUUAGUAGCAUCUCACAAAGUGCGCUGCUUAACCUACUGUUUUCCAUUUUAAUUGCAAGCAGCAGGACGGGGUAGUUGCGUUUUUCUUUGUCAUCAGUGGUAUAUGUUCUACUUUUAAAGGAAAGUGAUGGUUUAACGUUUUUAGCUGAGUAGUGUGGUCUCUUGAAAUUUCAGGAAAUGUUUUUGCUACCAAAUAAACCAUGUCUUAUGGUGCUCAAGCCAUCCAAAAGUGAGACCUAGAAUUUCACUCUAUGCAGGACAGAAAUCUUACAGGAACCAUAGCACUUUGGAGAAGCAUGAAGGUAGAAAGAAAUACAGUGCAAUUCAAUUUUAACAGUAUUUCACCUCAUUCAAACUAGCUAGAGCCUUUUAGGUUUAAUGCCUUAGCUUCUCAUUACUAAUGACCUAGGGAGUCAUUAUUAGUAUCAAGCAAAAGUUGACAGCUCUAUAAUUAUUCAAGAUAGUCAAGGCAGCAGAGAACAUUGCCAGAAAGCAAUGUCUGUAAGACAGAAGGGAAUUCGUAUUGUAUAUAUAAAAAGAAUUAACUAAUUGGUGUUUUAAGACCAUCACUGUCAUAUAUUUGAUCUUGGGGUUAAUUAGCCCAUCAAUUAGUAUUGAGAAUUCUAUUCAUGGUGCUAAAUAGUUUGAGGGGUAUAAUAUGUGUAAGUCAUAGCUCUAUUCUUAAUGAUCAUGUAGUGUACAUAAUUUAUAAGCUCUAAAUAGUCAGCUUUAUCCAAUUUGAGGGCAUUAAAAUCAAUUACUGCCUGGAACUUUGAAGAGAGAAAAAUUCAGGGACAAGUUGAAAAAGCACUGGAACUGUUCAUGUUCAUGUCCAGAUUGGUAAGUUACAAAUUUUAGAAGCUAGUGUCUAGAAUCAGCUGUUUAGAAUUCAGAAGGGGAUAUAUGUUUUACCUCCAUGAUGUAUUAGCAAGAACUGGUGAACUGUGAUGUUUGGGGACGAGAGGGGAGAGAAGAGUUUUUCACUUAUGCACUUGUAUGUGAAGACAGUCUGUAUGACACAAUAUAAAACUUUUAAACAAUU